AACGGGAAGCAACACUACUCCACAAAUGGCGACCAGGUCAUCGCUGGUGCCACUGCUGCUCAUUACAGUAGUUGUUGCGCAGAUUGUUGGGUCACAAGCUGGCAGCAUUUCCAUAUACUGGGGUCAAAAUGGUGGCGAGGGCACACUGGCCGACACCUGCGCCACUGGCAACUACAAGUUUGUCAACUUGGCAUUCCUUGUAGCCUUUGGCAAUGGCCAGCAACCAGUGCUCAACCUAGCAGGCCACUGUGACCCCUCAAGUGGUGGCUGCACCAGCCUAAGCGACGACAUCAAGUCGUGCCAGAGCAAUGGCGUUAAGGUCAUGCUCUCGAUUGGUGGAGCUUCUGGUAGCUACUACCUUACCUCAGCCGCGGAUGCCAAGACUGUUGCGACAUACUUGUGGAACAAUUUCUUAGGGGGGCAAUCAUCUUCUCGCCCCUUGGGCGAUGCGGUCCUUGAUGGCAUAGACUUUGACAUCGAGGGCGGCACCACCCAGCACUGGGAUGAUCUUGCAAGAUACUUGAAAGGGUACAGCAACUCUGGCAGGAGGGUGUACCUGACUGCUGCACCUCAGUGCCCGUUUCCUGAUGCCUAUGUCGGUGAUGCUCUCAACACCGGCCAGUUUGACUACGUCUGGGUGCAGUUCUACAACAACCCUCCUUGCCAGUACAGCUCAGGCAGCACCACUGAUCUUGCUGAUGCAUGGAAGCAGUGGCUAUCAAUUCCGGCAAAGCAGGUCUUUCUUGGCCUCCCAGCUUCGCCUGAAGCUGCUGGGAGUGGUUUUAUACCAGCUGAUGACCUCAAGUCUCAGGUGCUUCCAUUGAUCAAGAGUUCAGGGAAAUAUGGAGGGAUCAUGCUGUGGUCCAAGUACUAUGAUGACCAGGAUGACUACAGCUCUUCAGUCAAGAGCGAUGUUUAGAAAAUUGUAUGUGUGCUAUAUUUAUGUUUUUGAUUGUGAUGUGUGAGUGUGAUGGCUUGAACGUUCAUUCUCUUGCUCUUGCAAGUAGUUCCUGGUAGUAAAGAGGUUUGUGCAGUUGUAUAUAUUUGUUAAUUCCAGAUGGAUUGGACGCGAGCAACAGAUUACUGUGUUUGUUUUCAUAGUAGUGUAUUGUCAUUGGUUCAUAUUUAGCGACAUAUAAUAUAUUUUUUUACUACUAGCUAGGUUUUAAUAAUAUAUGCUAAAUUAAUAAAAGAAAGAAACAAUAGAGAAAAAACUUUGACCGGUACAUACGUAAUAACAUCUUUUUAAGUUCAACAAAAUGACAUAGAUACAUAGGAGCACUAAGAACAGCAAACU